GGGAGAGGCCGUUCGCUCGGAUUUUGUAUCAGGAAAUCGGACAUAAAGCAUGUAAAGCAAUUCAAAAAGGAAGAAAACGAGUCAUGGAAAAUGAUGUCAUAGAAAACGGGAUACAUUUCACACCGGGGGACCCUCGUGGUAUUUACGGCGCUUGUAAAGAUGUCAACAUUUCUUACAUCUACCAUGUGGAGGGCACAUGUGAUGGCCGGAUGUCCCUCCCACUCAUGAUCGUCAUGUUGGUUCUGGGAUUCAUCACAUUCUUCGUCAACCUCGGAGUCAUCAUCAGAACCAUCAAGAUCCUGCGUCACGGUCAUGACAACAAACCCGCCUUCUAUUUUAUAGGAAAUCUCGCCCUAAGUGACCUGGCUAUUGGUCUAUAUGUGAUUAUUGCUUUUCUGAUGCACAUGACUCGCAGAGGUGACCUUUGGCAGCAGACAACGUGUACAUUGCAAAUAGCCGUUGCGGUGACAGCCUGUCAGGAGACAAUCUUCACCAUUGUACUGAUAGCGGUAGACAAAUACCUCUAUAUCUGCCACGGCCUCAAGUAUCACCAGAUUGUAACAACCAACAGAGUAUAUGCUGCCGUCAUGGUCUCCUGGGUUCUGUCCCUUAUCAUAGGUUGGCUUCCGGCCAUGGGGAUGCAGAUGAGCUGGGAGGACUCGUGCAGUCGCUGUGCUUUCGCUCAAGUUAUAUCGCCGAACUUCUCCAUUAUAUUUUUCAUCACGUCUGUGGCUUUUCCCUACGCCGUGGUGGUGACGCUGUACUCGAUGCUGCUCGUGCUGGCGAUCAAGAUGCAGAAGUCGCGCUACGGAGGCUCCUACACCGGCAGGUCCUCCGCCAGGUCGUCGAACUUCAGACUCUCUCUCAUGUCGAAGAAGUCCACCAAGUCGACCAAGUCCAACUCAACAACCACCACGACCAGCUCCUCGAGUGGAACCCUGAAGAAGGCUGGCCGGCGGCAGAUGCGGCGGAAGGCCCUGGAGGAGUACAAGGCUACCCUGCCGGACUUCGCCGAGCGGGACGUGACGACCAAGCUGAUUGCGCACAGGUCGGUGUCCGGGGAGGAGGAGGCGACGGCGGGCGGGCCAAAGGAAGGGGGAGGUAAUGCUGUGGUGGAUGGCUUUAACGCCGAAGGAGGAGGGAAACAGGAAAAUCAAGUCUUGUACAAAAAUGCGGAUGAAGAUCAGACGAGAGAUUCACAAGAAAAUGGGAAUAAAGUGGACAGACCUUAUACUACUGAGGAAGAAAUUCCAUACAUUUCGCCAAAGAACGCUGAAGAUGAUAUCGAAAGUGAACGAGAAGAUUGUGUGAAUGAAGGAAUGGUAGAACAGGAUGAAGUAGUGACAAAUACGGACGAAGUACAAGAUGAAGAAAAGGACGACAACCAUACUGAUCAAGAACAAGAACAGGAACAAGAACGCUCGUCGGCGAACAUAGAGAACUCUCCCGAACCUCAUGAAACGGACGAAAAAUCGGGUAACCGGGACAGUAUUGAGUCUUCAGAAGUAUCCUCUCCUCCAAAGAUGACGGACGAAGAAAACGGCGACGCAAAGAAAACGGAAGACAGCACAUCUAGAAGGAGGACUUGGCUACCCACGAAAUACUUCAAUCGAGUCAUGACAGACACGAGAGACAAAGUCCUCUUCCUCAAGAAAUGUCGAGCCGUCAAAACUGUCAUCCUCAUCAUCGGUUCAUUUACAGCUACAUACGUCCCCUUCGUUGUAGGCGUCAUGGUCUAUUGCCUCGAAGAGAAGAAAAGGGAAUGCCUUUUACACCUGCUGAACACCUUGCUGUACUGCGGCGUUGUGGCGAACUCCCUGGCCAACCCGAUGCUGUAUGCUUACGGGUACAGAGAAUUCAGGCUCAAGACUAGGAGGUUUAAGGGCGUCUUUGCGAGGGAGAGAACGAGGGUCGUGGCUUGAUUUGUUUUAUAAUCAAACAGAACUGUUUAUAUUAAGGUAUUGUAAAUAUUUUGAAGUUCGGGCGCGGUAGAAAUUGGCUAGAGUCCCCAACUCAAGCCAACAAACUUGGUGGACUCCAUGGGGGUUAUGGGCAUUUUUGUAAAGUAAAAAUAUAAUGAAAAAAUGGUAAACUCGAGCCAAGUAGCAAAUAGAAAAAAAACCCUGGGGAUCUUUUCCGUUUGGCGUACAGCGCUA